AGGAUUGUCAAUGACGGGGAUCCAGUGACCUCCGUGCCCAAGUUCAUCUGGUUGAAAGUAAUCGAUCUCGGCUACAAGCACGUGGGUGUGGUCUAUAUCAUCAGUGCCACAGGCGAUAUCGUGGUGGAUCCUAGCUUUAUGGAGAGAUUUGUGAAGGUGAAACCCAAGUACAACAUCGCGGCCCAUCUCACCGGAUCGUACCGAAAGUCAAUAGCAGCGGUCAUAGUUAACAGUGUACGCUCUUCGAAUAUGAUAGACGCUUCGUGCGGACUUUGUGCGGCUUUGCAGACCAUCACAUCAGUGCUGCAAGCGCCCGGUGAAAUGGGACAGGCUCCAGAACCACAGGAUGCGAGUGCAGAGUGGUUAAGUUCAUCGCCUGCCAAUCUGACGCUCAAACGCCCGUCGCAGGAGCAAAAUGCGCAUGCCCACAGCCAGCAUUUUCCGUUCGAUACGCGCUCCUUGGCCGAGGAAGCCAUUGAACGAGUAACGUCUGCACCCAGAGCAUUCAGUGAGAACACGAGGCAUCCGCACGGUAAAUCGGACACUAAGAAAAGUAGUAUUGAUAGUCACGUUGGUGAAAGUAACAAUACUAAAAAGGAGGGAAGUAGCAGCGGGUGGCGGAGUUCCGAGAUGGUAGGACCUAGUAACGAUGGUCAGAAAGGUAUGGCUAGUAUCGAGAUGUGGAGCCACACGCGAAUAUACAAUUCUAGUAGCACUCCAUUGGUGGAUGUCAACUCGCAAUCCGACCGGCUAACGGGGCGCAGACGGUACUCAUCGGGGCUGCAUCGCGGGUUUGGAGUGCAAGUGAAGACGAAAAACAGUACUAGCAACAAAAAUAUUAUAGACAAUACUAUUUCGGAUGCUAAUAUUAAUAAGCAACCAGACGAUCAUGGCUAGUUAUUCAGGGUUGUGCUAUAUAAAUAAUAGAAAUACUAUAGGCUUUGUGGCUGUGCAUAAAUACUAUUUAC